AAUGGUCAGACUCACCAUGUUUAUCUUGUUCAAAUUGUUUGGGGGUUGGAAAGCGAAGAGGAUGAGAAGUUUUGAUUAAUACAACUGAAGAAAAAUAAGAUUGAGUUUUGCCAAAGAUAAUAUAUUACAUAACACAUCUUAUACAACCGCUAACUAAGUAAUGAGGAGAGGCAAACCAAAUCUUUUGAUACAGUCGCUUUUAACGAAAAGAAAGCCAUGGAUACAGCGGGUGACGGGGAGAGGAGAAGGACAAAAAGUAUCCGAGCCUGCAGGAGAAAUGGGACUUCAAAUGCGAAGUUGAAAAGGGACGUUGGUAAAGUUUUAAAAUCUUUGACUGGGGGGGACGAGGAGGGUGAGGAGGUCCCCAUGGAGGAAGACUGUUUGCCGAGUACUGUUAUCCGGACCGACAGCCCUGGACGGAGAAGACUUGGCCCGCGUUACAGCCUGUUGCGUGAGGUCGGCAGGGGUAGCUACGGCGUGGUUUAUGAGGCCUUAUCUAGGAGGUGUGGUGCACGGGUAGCUGUAAAGAAAAUCCGCUGUGAUGCCCCCGAAAAUGUGGAGCUGGCCCUCGCCGAGUUUUGGGCCCUGGCUAGUCUGGAAAGGCGGCACGAGAACGUGGUGAAGCUGGAGGAGUGUGUCCUACAGAGGAACGGCAUGGCGCAGAAAAUGAGUCAUGGCAACAAACGAUCAGAGCAGUACCUCAGACUGGUGGAGACUUCGCUCAAAGGCGAGAGGGUAUUGGGAUACCCUGAGGAGCCCUGUUACCUCUGGUUUGUUAUGGAGUUCUGUGAAGGAGGGGAUCUAAAUCAGUUUAUAUUGUCCCGGAGACCGGAUCCAGUGACCAACACCAGCUUCAUGUUACAGCUUACCAGUGCCGUGGCCUUUCUGCACAAAAACAACAUUGUUCACAGGGACCUGAAACCAGACAACAUCCUCAUCUCGGAAAGGUCGGGGGUCCCUGUGCUUAAAGUGGCCGACUUCGGACUUAGCAAGGUCUGUGCCGGCUUCGGUGGGCGAGGGAAAACAGGACAAAAUGGGAACAAAAACGUCAAUGUGAACAAGUUCUGGCUGUCGUCAGCCUGUGGCUCUGAUUUUUACAUGGCCCCGGAAGUAUGGGAAGGUCACUACACCGCUAAAGCGGACAUCUUCGCCCUUGGCAUUAUAAUGUGGGCCAUGAUCGAGAGGAUCACUUUUAUUGACGCAGAGUCAAAGAGAGAGCUCCUUGGCACAUACAUCAGACAGGGUACUGAGAUCGUGCCAGUGGGAGAAGCACUGCUAGAAAACCCAAAGAUGGUACUGCACAUCCCUCAGAAACGGAGGACGUCCAUGUCGGACGGAAUCAAACAGCUGCUAAAGGACAUGCUAGCGGUCAAUCCACAGGACCGACCAGACGCCUUUGAGCUGGAGACCAGAAUGGACCAGGUUACAUGUGCUGCUUAAAUGAUGGAUACUGAGAAGAUUACUUAUUUCAGAAUUGUUUACUAAGGACCCGGUAUUCCAUUUACUAUGAUGGCGUGGAGAGAGCGAGCAAGAGAAAGGAAAAUACAUUUUGUCAUCUAAAUGUUGAAGCCUCCAUUACAAAAAAGCUGUAAUGUGUAAGAGAAAAAAAAAAAAAAAGUUUAACAAAUGUUUAAAUUGAAAUGGAAAUACAGGAAUGCUAUGCAAUACACUAUGCACAGGGCAAGACGUGUGUUUUAUUUUUUUCCACCCUCCAAACCCUUCAAUAUAAAUUAUUGUGUAUUCUUUUUUGUGUGUGUGUGUUUUAAUCCUUGUUUACAAGUGCACAACAACUUCAACCUGGUGAUCUUGGGGCCGCUGGGUCUCACUUGCUAUCUUUAGUUCACAAAAUUGUUUUUUAAAGUUAGCCUCUGUUCAAGAGAGUUACGUUUUUAAAAAAAUGAAAUGUUUUGUUUUCAUCGCUUAAGAGUUUGGCUACUGUUUGUUAAAGAUUUUACUUUACACACAGAAUUUUGCUCAGGUUGGUUGUUUGUGUAGAUUUGAUUUAUGACCUUUUGCCCAACAAAGCAAAGAACAUUUGGAGCAUGCAAAUUUCAGGAAUGAGAAAUAAAUCUGCCUUUUAGACUUUAAAAAUGGCUUUCUUAAGUUGUCCAAGUGUACAAAAUGCAUGCCUGAUGGCAACUUUUAACUUAUCGCCAAGAAAUAUUGGAGAUUUCGUCCAGGUUUGGCCCUGGCAACAUCAGUCAUUUUUAAAGUUAAACUUGGUGAAUACACAGAAGACAACACCCAUAUGCUUUUUGUCUGUGUAUGUGUAAUGCUGUUUAAACCUUCUUUCAACAUUAAUGGUGCUUAUUUGACGUAGGUUCUUGGGCUGGAGUGCAGCCACUACAGUAGCUAGUGGUUAAAAAGGGAACUUAUUCCCCCUCCUCUCUUUGCUUUAAGCAUGAAAGUACCACAGAUCAUUCACAGAAAUGUGUUGUCUUCUGUGUGGGAACAGUUCUCCUCGAAGUUCACCUUUAUGCAAGGAGCAGCCUGAAUAAAAGUACACUCUAUGGGUCAUGAUCCUGGGGAGUGACCUUAGUGCCUUAUGCAUUUAUUUGUAUGUACUUUAUUGGUUGGAUGUUUGAGUAAUGCAAGUAGGUUCCAUUGAACAAGACAUUUUUUUUUUUUUUUAAAUAUACAUUUUAAAGUAAAUGUCAAAUUAUUUGAGAUGAUAUACAUGCAUUUAAAAAAAAAAAAAAAAAAAAAACCUGUGCCAUUAGACCAAAAAAAAAGUAUGUAGAUUGUUGAUUGACAAAAUAAACUUUGAUCUUUUACCACCUUAA